AUGCCCUCGCUGCACACUCGCCUACCUGUGGCUAUCUCUCGCUAUCUUCACGGAUGCUUUCUUCUUUGCGUGUGUCUCUGCUUUCCUGUUGCGGCUGCGUAUGAUUUCGUAAUCGUUGGCGGCGGAGCUGCUGGCCUAGCUCUCGCCGUCCGGUUGAGCGAGAUUGAGAGUCAUACUAUUCUAGUCCUCGAAGCGGGUCAGUUUCCUGAGGACGUUGUGGGUGCGUACUCUACACCGGGGGCAAGUCAGCUGGUUCUCGGAACUCAAUUGGACUGGGCCUUCGCUACGCCACCGCAGGAAUCCCUUGGGAACCGCACCAUCGUCUAUCACCGUGGCAGAGGAGUUGGGGGGAGUACUCUCCUCAAUGGCCUCCUGUACGGCAGGGGGUCUGCCACUAUCUACAAUCUCUGGGCAUCCCUGGGCAAUGUAGGUUGGGAUUGGAAAUCUGUGUUUCCUUACUUUCGGAAGAGCACCUCCUUCAUUCCGGUCGACGUCGCGCCAUUCCAAACGUUCAACGAGACUGCCUAUUCCACCGACGGACCAAUCUCUCUCUCAUACCCCAGUUACGUCUCCUCGGCUGCUACCGGCUUCAUCGAAGCACUUCAAGCUAUCAAUGUCUCCAUCGUCGACGACAUUAUGUCUGGAGACGCUCUUGGUACAAAAGAAGCGCCCAUGGUCAUGGAUGCGCUGCACCGUCGAGUUUCUUCGUACGACGGCUAUUACAAGCCCGUGAGAAACCGUACCAACUUGACCGUCAAACCCCUCGCUCAGGUCCAGCAGAUUUUGCUCGAGCAACAAUUCCAUGGCACUGUGGCAGCAACUGGAGUUGUCUUUAUGGAUUCGCUCACUGGCAUGACCGUUAACGUCACUGCAAGAAAAGAAACUGUUCUCAGCGCUGGCGUGUUCCAAACACCCCAACUUUUGCUUCUUUCCGGUCUUGGACCACAGGAAACACUCGACGAUUUCGGCUUACAGACAUAUCUCGUCAAUGAAAAUAUCGGUCGCAACUUACAGGAUCACUGUUACUUCAGUUUAAUCGCCCGCACAGAAGUAGAUGUUUCAGAAUCACAGCUUUACAACCGUAUCGACCUCCUUCAGGCUGCGGCGAAAGAGUACGCGACCAACCAUUCUGGACCUUUGACAUCCACCGUGGGACCCAAUUACGGAUUCCAGCAAUUAUCCGAAGCCGAACUGCAAGCUCUAGGUGCGCAGGAAAUCUACGAGUCGCAGAAUCGUACUCAGCAGGCGCAUCUCGAAUACUUGUGGGAAAGUGUAUACUAUCCAUCGCAAUUACCAACGUCUUUCUCUCUGUACCCGCCCUACAGGAACGAAAGCUUCAUGUCUCUGACUGCCGCACUGCUUGCACCGACUUCCAGAGGCAGCGUCACCCUACAGAGCGACAGCAUUCAAGACGCCCCUGUUAUCAAUCUUAACUACUUGUCCACCGAAGUCGACCAGCAGAUCGCACUUCACGCAUUCAAGAAUCUCAGGGAAAUACUGGGUCAAGCUGCCAUUUCGCAAUACACCCUCGGUCCGAAUAACGGUGAAGUCGUACCCGGCGCAAGCAUCACCGACGAUGAGACACUCUUGACCUAUAUCAAGUCAACCGUGAUUCCUGUGUGGCAUGCCAGCGGUACAGCUCGGAUGCUGCCAGAGGAGCAGGGCGGAGUUGUUGACAGUAGGUUGCGUGUAUACGGUGUCCAGGCCUUAAGAAUCGUAGACGCUUCUAUUUUCCCUGUGAUACCCGACCAGCACAUUCAGGGUGCCGUAUAUAUGCUGGCCGAAAAGGCUGCAGACUUGAUUAAGGAGGAUUAUGGUCUCAUCUAG